AAGCUACUUGUAAGCUAUUAAACCUUAAACCCUAGCCGAAAAGCUCAUUCAAAUUAUAAAAGCCUAAUCCAAAAUCCAACGUACAAGAGCCAAAGCCCCCAAACUAUUGAAGACCUUGUGGGAAUUUUGCUCCUGCGAGCUCUGAAAACGUCCUCCCGUCCAGCAGCAGUGCCAAUCCUUCGCCAUUUUUGUCACUGGACCAUCACCUUCCUCUGUUGUCCCUGCCCUCCGUGACCCUGCUUCUCCACCUUCAUCGAGGUCUCUUCAACUGUAGUCAUCGUGGUCACUACGCCACCAUGAACCACCCACUUCUCCACCACUGAAAUGGACCAUCCGAAGGAUGAAUUCUUCACUGCCCAAGCUCCUCAAACACGUCUUCUCCAUCCACAAUUUCCGUUGCUCGUACUCUUCUUUCUCUGUGACUGUGGUUCACCAAAUCGCAAAGGCGUUUCACCACAACAACUUCAGUUUCUUCAACUCUGGUUCACUUCCAAAUCUACAGCCCGCCCACCUUGAACCAGUCGUCUUCCAACUCCGCUCCAACCCCACCUCCGCCCUCCGGUUCUUUGAAUGGGCUGAGAAUUUUCUGGGUCUGCGCCACCCGGUUCAGUCCUUCUGUGGCAUUGCCCAUGUGCUGCUCCGGCACCGAAUGUUUGAUCCGGCAACGCGGGUUUUUGACCGAAUGGUCGGGCAAUUCGGGAAUUUGGAGGUUUUGGGUGAGUUUCAUGGCAGUUUUCGGAAUUAUGGUUCGAACCCGAGUACAGUUUAUAGCUUUUUGUUGCAUUGUUAUUGUAGGAAUGGCAUGGUUGAUAGGGCUGUUGAUACUUUUGCUUGGAUGUCUAAGAUGGGAGUUUCAAUUUCGCAUUAUGCGGCAUCAGAAAUGUUGGAUUUAUUGAUUGAUUCAGAUCGCAUAGAUGUUAUUCUUGAAAAUUAUGAAGAGAUGUGUAAAGGCUUAGGUGUCUAUGAGUUUGUUUUCAACAGUUUUCUCAAGAGGGGUGAGGUUGAAAAGGGGUUGAAUUUUCAUCGGGCAUUGGUUGAAAGAGGCUUAGUUCCCAAGACGGUUGAUUGUAAUAAGAGCUUGAAAGGCCUUUGCAUGGGAAAUCAGAUAGGCGUUGCUUCGGAUUUCUUUGAUAUGAUGGUAAGGAGUGGUCCAAGCCCAAAUUUGGUGACAUUUAGCACGUUGAUUAAUGUGUAUUGUAAGGAGUUGAGAUUGGAUGAGGCAUUUAGUCUUUAUAAUCUUAUGAUUGAGAAGGGCAUAGUUCCAGAUUUGGUUAUUUAUAGCAUUUUAAUUAAUGGUCUUUUCAGGGCAGGAAAGUUGGAGGAGGGAAAUUCUCUUUUCUCCAUGGCUUUAGCUAGAGGUGUUAAGAUGGAUGUGGUGAUUUUCAGUUCAAUUAUGGAUGCAUAUGUGAGGUUUGGAGAUUUGGGAAAGGCAAUUGAGGUAUAUACAAGAAUGUUGAAGGAAGGGAUCUCUCCAAAUGUGGUUACUUACAGCAUUCUUAUAAAUGGGUUAUGUCAAAAUAAUCGUGUCCUAGAGGCUUGUGGGGUCUUUGGUCAGAUUUUGAAACAGGGUUUAGAACCGUCAGUGUUGACUUAUAGUAGUCUCAUUGAUGGCUUUUGCAAAUCUGAAAAUUUGAGAGAUGGGUUUGGUCUGUAUGGGAUUAUGCUAAGGAAGGGCCACGUUCCUGAUGUUGUUGUCUGUAGUAUGCUUAUAAAUGGUCUUAGCCGACAAGGGAUGAUGGAUGAGGCUCUCAGGUUUUUCUUCCAAGCUGUGAAAAGGGGUUUAACACUCAAUAACUAUUUGUUUAACACCUUAAUUGAUGGCUGUUUUAGAUUGAAACGAACAAGGGAUGGUGUGAAGAUGUACAUCCUCAUGGGCAUGUAUAAAGUAAUCCCAGAUGUAGUUACUUACACUGUGCUUGUUAGAGGGCUUGCGGAGCAAGGGAGAUUGGAUGAGGCAUUGGCAUUGUUCUUCCAAUUGCUGAAGAAGGGGUUUUCACCAGAUCAUAUAAUCUAUUGCACUCUCAUUGAUGGAUUCUGCAAGAAAAGGGAUCCAGCAACUGGAUUACAGAUUUUCAAGCUGAUGCAAAGCAAUGGAAUAUUUCCAGAUAUUUGCAUUUAUAAUGUUCUCAUUAAUAUGUUUUUCAGGGAAGGCUGUGUGGAGAAUGUGCUGGAAUUAUUGAGGGAAAUCAUUAAGUAUGGGUUAGAACCCGAUAUCGUGACAUACAACACAAUGAUAUGUGGUUACUGCUCUUUGAAAAUAUUUUCCAAGGCCAUUAAACUUUUUGAAGUUCUGAAAUGUGGACGGACCAAGCCAAAUGCUAUUACUUUUACCAUUUUGAUUGAUGCUUAUUGUAAGGAUGGUAGAAUGGACGACGCAAUGUUGAUAUUCUCCUCUAUGCUGGAAAGGGGUCCUGAACCUAACAUAUUAACAUAUAGUUGUUUAAUUGAUGGCUAUUUUAAAACUGAAAAUACAGAGAGUGCCUUUGAGCUUUAUGAAAAGAUGCUCGGUGACAGAGUCUCUCCAAACAUUGUGAGUUAUAGCAUCCUCAUUGAUGGUCUUUGCAAAAAGGGGCUAAUGGAGGAAGCAUCACUUGCCUUUCAAUGUGCUAUAGGCAGGCAUUUGUUGCCUGAUGUAAUAGCCUAUGGGAUUCUGAUACGUGGUUACUGCAAGGUUGGAAGAUUAGCUGAAGCCAUGAUGUUGUAUGAUCAUAUGUUGGUAAAUGGCAUCAUGCCAGAUGAUCUUUUGCAAAAAGCACUUGCAGAGUAUGGUUUUCAAGAUAGUCAGGCAAAAAAUUGUGUACUCAACUGAAAGAUGGGAAGUCGGGAUCUUUCCUAUUACAGUCUGCUGAUGGUUGUCUGAAUGGAAAUUGCAAAUGUGGUGAAUAAGUUCCUGCUCAUACUUCCUAAAAAUUUACUGCUACAAUGGACAUUAGUGUAAUAUUCUAAUCUGUACUUGUAUUUCUUUGUGCACAUGCAUUCUUCAUUGUAAUCAAUAGUGAAUAAUAUAGCCUGGGAUUAUGUUUUACAUGAAGAAAAGAAACAUACUCUUGGAUUAGAGAGAAUUUGUAUUAAUAUUACCUUUUGUAUGCAUGAAUAACUACAAGUGAUUUGCUGUUCCAAUAAGUGCAGUUCACUUACUGUU